CAAGAGGUGAACCGUGACAUGAACAGUCAGUUUGACAACAUUACUGGCCGUCAAAACAUAAUAAAUAAUUGUCCCCUAAACCUUUGACCUUAAACUCUGACAUUUGAAAAAACCGAAACAUUAGGUAAAUUUACCGACCUUACCAACUGCAAAUCACAGACGAAAACGAAAAGGUCGAUCCAUGGAGAUAAGGUUACAUUGCUUGCUAAUCACAUGUUCACCCAUUAACUUCAGCUUUACUACUAACAACAUUUGUGGCUCUCAUUCAUUCUGACAAAUUAUACCUUUUUUCUAUUUAGCCUACACUUUCUGAAGUAUCUAUUUUCCACAAGGUUUUUCUCAGUUCUAUGGCUAUCUCUGAUUUAGCAGCAGAGCAAUGUAGAUAGAUUGUGGUGCUACAAAUUAAGGUUUUAAGGGCGUUUCAGGGCUUGGGAUUUGUACCCAUUUCUUCAAAAAAAAUUCUCUCUUUGUCUGUCUGUUUUUCUCACCAUGAGGAUUCAGUGCGAUGUGUGUGAGCAGAAGCCCGCUGCGGUCAUAUGCUGCGCAGAUGAAGCGGCUUUGUGUGUUGAUUGCGAUGUCAAGGUGCACCAGGCUAACAAACUUGCUAGCAAGCACAAGCGCCUGCCGCUCAUGGCCUCCAAUUCUAAGCUUUCUCGCUGUGACAUAUGUCAGGAUAAGACAGCUUUUGUAUUUUGUUUGGAAGAUCGAGCAAUGCUAUGUCGGGACUGUGACGAGUCCGUCCACUCGCCGGACACUUUAGCGGCGAAACACCAGCGGUUUCUCGCUACCGGAAUUAGGGUUGCUCUGAGCGCUGAUAUUUCCUCCCAUUGCGAGAAUGAAGGAUCUACGGCUCCGAUUGCAUCAAAUUCUGCUGUUCCUGCCACGGUGUCAACCAUGCCAUCGCUCAAGAAAUCGGGAGGUGCAGUUCAUCAGAAUUACGUGGAACCUUGCUGGAGUGUGGACGAUCUCUUACCGCUCUCAGAUUUCGAUGCCAAGGGAGACCAGGGCAACCUAGGAGAUUUUGAUUGGAACAUUGCUGAUAUGACAUUCCUCGGGGAAGAAGAACAGGAUAGCCUUGCACAAGUUCCACAGCUGUCGAGUGGAUCCUAUCCCAGUACCAUGAAUGUAAUGAGUGGAAGACCAGCAGGAAAGUCCAAUGCUUCAUCAAACAAAGGGAAAUCUAAGGCCACUCAAAUCUCCCAAGUUCCUGAUUAUGAUGAAGCUUGUUUCGUAGUUCCAGAUAUUGGAAUGCUGGAAACAGGAUGCCUCAAUGCCCUGCCUUCAAAGCGCAUGAGGCGUUCUUCCUUCCAGAUGUAUCAGUAUGAAUAGGUUUGCAUCCCUGCAUGUAACUUCAGUUUGGUCCUUUGGCAUAGGCUUAUAUGCACAAGCAAAACGACCCAACUGACUGCGAUUGGUAUUUCUGGGUACUAAAUUUUGUAAGUAAAUAAAUGUAUGAGUAGAUGGCAUGCUCCAGGGCAAUACUAAUUGAUGUGCUUGUACAUUAAAAACGUUAGAUAGAGUUAAAAGAUGUUUGCAUUUCUAUUUCAAGAGAACCCACGAAGAAAAGUCUCAGGAAUAUAAUGUAUCAUUGGUCACUGUGAAAUCAUUUGCUACAUUCACAACGACAGUGGCUUGCUUUAGCUCUAUGGCAGGAUAAAUAUAUUUUGGGUUAUUGUGAGGGUAUGUAAUUAAAGUUCAAGUAUUAUAUAAUAUGACUUGUGUGUUGUCGGCC